CGAAUGAAUUUUUCCGUUACAGUUCGAGUUGUUAGAGCGGAUUAGUAACCGAUUUGAGUGCAGCGAGAUAGUUUAUUAAUUCUUUCCAAGGCCUAGCCUUCUAAAAGCUUUAGCUUUUGGAAAAUCCAUUGGAAUAACGGCUCAGCAAUAAAGAAAACAAUGGAGAUUCACACCCGAAAGCAUCACACGAUCCAAGAUCAAGAGAAUGCGUACGCUAAUAAAGGCAAAAAGAAUGUGGUGAUGCCGCAGAAAAGGCAGAAUGUCGUUCUUCGUGCAUUGGGUGACGUGAAUAUUAAUAUUCAAGUUCCUUGCGAUGUUCCAGUUGGUAAAGUGGCCACGGCUGCUGCAGAAAUUGAGAAGAAAGCUUCUCUGAAUCGGGCACCUCUUCGGAGCAACUACAAACAUGUGCAAUCGAAAGUGGACACAGGAUUGGCAGUUAGGCCUGUGCAACAUACAACGCGGGCCCCCUUAAGACGUGAAGAGAGCACAGGCGUAAUGGCCAGAGCUGCUACAAGGCCUAAGACGGCACUCAGAGAAACUCAAGAAAAAGUUCCUAAGCCAAAGACCUCAUCUACCCAAAUCAAGAGAAGUACAGAAGGAACAAAGAAAACUACCAAACUAGCUCCAGUCACAGAACAGCCUGAGAAAAAAAUGGUGAAGUCAUUGAAACCAAUCCUUAAAGAAUCUACAGAGUCUUUGGGCAAACUGUAUUUGACUGAAAAAGUAAAAGAUGAAAAUAUCAUUAAUUUAAGUUUGUCCCCUGUUCGGUUGCCUGCUGACAUUGAAGAUAUUGAUGCUGCGGACAAGGCUAGCCCAUUAUUGAUGUCCAUUUAUAUCAAGGAUAUUUACAAGUACCUCACAGAGUUAGAGCUUCGGUACCCUGUUGAGGAAGACCACUUGAGGAAGCAGGUUUCAAUUAACGAAAGGAUGCGAGCCACAUUAAUUGACUGGCUGGUGGAGGUCCACUGCCAAUUUGACCUGGUCCCAGAGACAUUCCAAAUAACUGUUGGCAUUGUUGACAGAUAUUUACAGAUGGUGUCCAACAUCAACCGCGACCGAUUGCAACUCAUCGGCGUCGCGGCAAUGUACAUAGCAAGCAAGUAUGAAGAGAUCUACGCCCCGAACGUUGGUGACUUCGUCUACGUGACCGAUCAUGCUUAUACCAAAGAGAACGUUUUCCAAUGCGAGAGAGAAAUUCUAUCCAAACUAGGCUUUUGCUUGGCGCGACCUAUACCGCUUAGUUUUCUGAGAAGAUUCACCAAAGCGUCCAAGGGAACCUCGAAGCAUCAUCAUCUAGCGAAAUACUUCAUCGACCUGUGCCUUGUCGAGUAUUCGAUGGCUCACUACCGGCCCUCGGAGCUCGCCGCAGCCUCUCUUUGCCUCUCUCUUUACUUGCUAUCUAGUAAGAAGUUUGAAGAGCUAUGGACGCCCACUCUCGCCUACUACUCGCAGUACAACCUACAGCACCUGGAACCGAUUGUCAAGAAAAUUGCAAAGAUUGUUGUCGGUGUCGGCAAGUCCAAAUACAAGGCAGUGUACAAGAAAUAUCUCGAUCAAAGGUUAGCUAAAGUCUCUGCCCUGCCCCAGUUGAAAGGUGAUGCUAUCUACGAUUUAAUCCAGUCACAUUCUCUAGGUUCUCUUCAAUGUUCUACAGUACAUUCAAAUUCAAACUGUUGACAAAGUGUUUAAUGGGAAGAUAUUUUGACUGAAUUUUGUAUAAGGUUUGUUUUAGGUACCUGCACCUCGGUUUUAGAUGUAAUUUUGUGCGACGGGUGAUUUUUCUUUAAGUAAUAUUGACAUGUUAAUAUAUUUAUGACAUUGUAUACGGGGACGUUUUAAUGUUAUAUGUCUGCAGUAGAUGUAAUAGUUAACCUAUAAUGUGUUUUGAUCGUGCCCCAUUUAAUUAUAGAAAUUGACACAAGUGUGAUUUCGAAUUUUUGAUCGAUAUUACGUUUUAAAAUAGAAUGAAUGACUUAUUGUUGCUAUUUUUAUGAUUUCAACACGCAUUUUUUUUUCGUAAUAGUGAUCCACAAUUUAUUUCAAGGUGGUUUUUAUAGCUAUCAUGCAAUUUUAUGGGUCUCUACAACAUACUAUGUAUCAGAUAUAGUCUGAUGUAAUGAUAGAUAGAUUUUAGAAUAGUGACAUUCUAAUUUGUUUUUGUGAACAUUGGCAUUGAAAUGUACCCAAACAAUUGUAUAACAUAGGUUUUAGACGUUAAUUUGUAUUUACUUGUGAUUAUAGGAUAAUUAUUUUACGACGUAUGUAAUUUGAUAGAACUGUGAUUAGUAUUG